ACCGCCUCCAUGGGAUCCCUUCUGUGACGUUGCCGCAAGUAAACUUUUUUUUUCCUGCAGCCAAACGUGAUUUUGGAUCAACAAGUCUCCUCUCAGGCUGCGUCAAAGCUCCUUCCAGUGUAACUGAUGUAGGUCAGUCGUCGUCCGUUGGAGCCUACACUGGAACAGUCGUUAAAAAAGUUUGUAGUACGGCUUAGAAAAUGGCAAAGAUUACAUCGGGAUGGUUUGGAAUUGUUCUCUCCACGGCAACCAUGGCACUAACAGUGUGGAAUUCCAGCAAUGCCCAGGAAUCUAGGAAGCAUCCCCACCGGCGAAUCAGGACCUCAGAGCCUCUGGUUGAGCAGGACCAUGCUUCGAAGGCAUACCUGAGCCCGGAUGAGCUCAAACGACUUCAUUUUAGAACCAACACAGACUCUCUCGAGCUGUCCGAAGGACAUGAGGCUAAGUUCAGCUGCUCCAUUGAUAUCCCUGAUACCACACUGGAGCCCACCAUCUUGUGGAAGAAGAACGGACAGGACCUGGCUGAAAACAUGCAGGUGAUGAUCAAUGAACUGCAGACCAUCACGGACAGGGUUACGACUCUCCUCUCCACAGUCAGCAUUACCCAGGUGCAGAGGCUGGACGCUGGCGAGUACCGCUGCAGGCUCAGCAUCGGCAACAUGAUGGUGGAGUCUCAGCCUAUCACCAUCAAGGUAGAAGGUCUUCCAACAUUUUUCCAGCAACCUGAGGACAGAAACAUAACAAAAGACGCCCCUUUUAAUCUGUCAUGUGAGGCAGUGGGACCUCCAGACCCUGUCAACAUUCGCUGGCUGCGGGAUGGAAUACCUGACAGUGACUACCAUAGCUCUCCCAGCACUUACUCUGUGGAAGGUGUGAACACGUACACUCAGUUCAGCUGUGAAGCCUACAACUCAAAGGGGGUCAGUACAUCCAGAGAAGCAAACAUCAACAUAAAAGUGCUUCCCAGUCCUGUGUCUAACAUCGCUGUGGUAGCGAGGGACUCCAGUAAGUUGACACUAAGAUGGAUACCCGGACAUGAUGGCUUCUCUCCGUUAACAAAGUGCCAUAUCAGGGUAAAGGAGGUGAGCCGGAGGAUAGGGGAAGUGACAACCACCAGGUUCCUCAAUGCCACCGUGCCUCCGUUCCAGUGGGAAAUCUCUGGGCUGCAAGCCAUGACUUCUUACAACAUGAGCGUUUCCUGCAGCAAUGACGUGGGGGCUUCUCCAGUUUCCCCCUGGAUCCAGAGUAACACGACAGAGGGAGUGCCGUCUGUGUAUCCUCGGAAUGUGUCCGUGCAGCUGAAUGAGUCGUGGCUGGUGAUCCGGUGGAAGCCCCCGCCGGAUGAUAAGAUUAAUGGAGUCCUGCAAGGUUACGACAUUAUUGUCAGACAUGGAGUGCAAGUAAAUAAGGUCCACAGCUACACCAACAUGGCCUUUGUAGCGGUGCAGGACUUCAACACCACGUACAGCGUGGAGGUGGCUGCAUGCACUCGAGCAGGGAGCGGCAUGGUCAGCCCACGAGUCUGGUUGUUUGUGCCAGAGGACAAAUCGGGUCCCGCACCAUCCUCCAGCCCUGGCACCAAGAUUCCAGACUCUGUCAGUGUAAUUCUGGGUGUGGUGUGUGGAGUCUGUCUUUUGAUGCUCGUCCUCUGGGGGGCCAUCUGUGUACACAACAGGACAUCAGACUCUUGGCUUGGGCGGGUGUUGGGAAGUAGAGAAAAGCUCCAGCCGGUCGUCCAAUACAAACCUCAGAGGUCCUACAAUCGGUCUACUGUUGGGAUAACACUUGGAAACCUUGGCGUCAGUGACGAGCUCCAUGCCAAACUUCAAGAUGUGAUGGUCACGAGGAACUUGCUUUCCAUUGGAAAGAUUCUCGGAGAAGGUGAAUUUGGCUCAGUAGUGGAAGGAAAUCUAAGACAACCAGAUGGGACAUCAGAAAAAGUAGCCGUGAAGACGAUGAAAUUGGAUAGCUUUUCCCAGAGAGAAAUAGAGGAGUUCCUGAAUGAGGCGGCCUGCAUGAAAGAUUUCCACCAUCCAAAUGUCAUCAGACUGCUUGGUGUGUGCCUGGAAUUGGGCUCUGGACACUUCCCUAAGCCUAUGGUCAUCUUGCCUUUCAUGAAAUAUGGAGAUCUACAUACCUUCCUGCUGCGUUCACGCCUAGGAGAGAAUCCAAUUUUCUUGCCAACACAGACGCUCUUAAAGUUCAUGGUGGACAUUGCUUCUGGUAUGGAGUACCUCAGCGGUCGAAACUUUCUGCAUCGAGACUUGGCUGCUCGCAAUUGCAUGCUACGUGAUGACAUGACAGUAUGUGUGGCAGACUUCGGUUUAUCAAAGAAAAUCUACAGUGGAGAUUAUUACAGGCAGGGCAGAAUCGCCAAAAUGCCUGUCAAAUGGAUAGCAGUUGAGAGUCUGGCAGACAGAGUUUUCACUGUAAAAAGUGAUGUGUGGGCAUUCGGUAUAACCAUGUGGGAGAUCGCUACACGAGGGAUGACGCCAUAUCCUGGCAUACAGAACCACGAGAUUUACGACUACCUUCUUGAAGGAAACAGGCUGAAGCAGCCAGCGGACUGCUUGGAUGACCUGUAUGAGCUCAUGUAUGGCUGCUGGAGGGCCGAUCCUCUGGACCGACCUCUCUUUCCCCAACUGCGAGAACUGUUGGAAAAACUCACAGAAAGGCUUCCCGAGUCUUCUAGCAAGGAGGAUAUCAUCUAUAUUAACACCAGCUUUCAGGAUGACGACCCUGAUGGAGAGGCCACAAAAUAUCCCGUGCUUAGCUCGUCGCCUUCCUGCAGCCACCAGCAGGCAGAAAACCCAACGAUUACCGCGGACAUUCACGGCAACAUGGAGGGUGAGGAUGACGAUUAUGAUCGUUACGUGGUGGUCAUCUCCCCAGAUCCUUCACUGAGAUCACCAACACUGGACACUCCUCUUUUAUCGAGUGGUUCCUCAAGUCGCUCAAAUGGAACCAUGGCUCCUGAUGGUACAGGGACAGAGAACAUCUCGAGUGAUACUUCUCUCCUGCUGUAAAUUGGGUACCGAGAAGCUUAAAACUGUAUUAAAAAUGGCGUGCAGUGGUUAAGUACUAAUAAUGUUUUGUUAUGUUGCACUGAGAGCAGCCAGCAUUAUUACGUUCCAUCAGGAAAUACUUUUUUGGCCAGUUCAAAGUAUGUCAGUAUUGAUGAAACUGUUUUUCAACUUUUAAACAUUGUUUUGCACAUUCCUAUAAGCUUAGGAUUCACUGGACUGUGAAAUGUAUUGUAGUGAUUAUUUUUGUGGCUGUUGAUGUAAAUAUUUCAAUGUACAGAACAUUGUAUACUGUAAGAAUAAAUAAUUUAUAGAG